AGAAAUGAAUCGAUAAUGGCCUCCUCGCCAAAGGGGGUUAAAAAAGCGACCCGGCGAAACUCCAACGAGUCAGAUCGGCAGGUGUCAUUGUUGACAUCAAACAGUAAAACAGAUUUCGAUCAGCAACGUUGGUUGUUCGAAAGCAAGGGUAAGUAUGGUAUCGGAAACGCAUGUUGGCAGGAUGACGAUAAUAAGGACCCGAAAAGCUUUGCUGAGUUUAUGGACAAACCGUGGAAGCCUCUAACCCGCAAGACUUCGGUUCCAGCCAGCGUGCUUAGCCCAUAUAGGGUACUGGUGGCAAUCAGACUAGUAACACAAUUCUUCUUUCUAUCAUGGAGAUUACAAAACCCUAAUUUGGAUGCAAUGUGGUUAUGGGGAGUUUCAAUCUCCUGCGAGAUUUGGUUCGCCAUCUCAUGGUUGCUAGAUCAACUGCCGAAGCUAAACCCAAUAAACCGAGCAACAGAUUUGGUUGCCCUCAAGGAUAAGUUCGAGAGUACCGGUCGCUCUGAUCUCCCUGGAGUGGAUAUAUUCAUCUCCACCGCGGACCCUGAUAAGGAGCCGCCCUUAGUUACCGCCAACACCAUUUUGUCUAUCCUUGCCGUUGAAUAUCCUAUCGAAAAGAUCUCCAUCUACAUCUCUGAUGACGGUGGUGCCAUUUUGACGUUCGAGGCAAUGGCCGAGGCCGUCAGUUUUGGUAAUCUAUGGGUACCCUUUUGCCGGAAACACAACAUUGAACCGAGAAACCCGGACAGUUAUUUCACACAGAAAACAGACCCAACCAAGAACAAGAAACGGCCUGAUUUCGUGAAGGAUCAUCGUUGGAUCAAGAGAGAGUAUGAUGAAUUCAAGGUCAGGAUCAACGCUCUUCCAGAUGUCAUAAAGAAACGUUGCGAAAAGCAUGAUCGCAAGGAAAACACAAAGGACAAAAACCUAUCCAGACAAAAGAGUGAUAGCUCAGCUUCGGCUGAGACCGUUCAGAAUUCAAAGGCAACAUGGAUGGCAGACGGUACACAUUGGCCCGGUACAUGGUUGAACCCUGUAGCUGAUCACAAAAAGGGUGAUCAUGCCGGGAUCAUACAGUUAAUGAGCAAGGUACCAGAAACUGAACCUGUAAUGGGCACAGAAGAUGAAGGAAAGCUAGAUUUCACAGACGUGGACGUUCGACUUCCUAUGUUCGUAUACGUCUCACGUGAGAAACGUCCUGGUUACGACCAUGAGAAGAAGGCUGGAGCCAUGAACUCGUUGGUUAGAGCAUCGGCUAUACUCUCAAACGGACCUUUUAUUCUUAACUUGGAUUGUGAUCAUUAUAUAUAUAAUUCCAUGGCUAUAAGGGAAGGUAUGUGCUUCAUGAUGGAUCGUGGUGGUGAUCGUAUUUGUUUCAUACAGUUUCCACAAAGAUUCGAAGGCAUCGAUCCUUCUGAUAGAUACGCUAACCACAACACUGUCUUUUUUGAUGGGAAUAUGAGAGCGCUAGAUGGUCUACAAGGUCCGGUGUAUGUAGGAACUGGGACGAUGUUCAGACGGUAUGCACUCUACGGUUUUAGUCCACCACGAGCCACUGAGUACAGUGGGAUUGUGGGGCAGAGAAAGAAACCUGCCGCCACACUAUCGCCAAGUGUCUCAUUGCAGGCUGUGCGUAAUCAGAACGAUGACCUUGAAAGUGCGUCCCCGAACGAGGACCAUCCUGAUUUAAACCUCCCGAAAAAAUUCGGGAAUUCGACCAUGUUUGUUGACUCUAUAGCUGUCGCUGAGUUUCAAGGGCGGCCACUUGCUGACCACGUGUCUGUCAAGAAUGGCCGCCCUGCUGGCGCACUCCUUGCUCCACGCCCUCCACUUGAUGCACCCACCGUAGCCGAGGCUAUUGGAGUUAUUUCUUGUUGGUACGAAGAAAAUACCGAAUGGGGAGAAAGGAUAGGGUGGAUCUACGGAUCAGUGACGGAAGACGUGGUGACCGGUUACAGAAUGCACAACCGCGGUUGGAGAUCAAUCUACUGCAUAACAAAACGCGACGCAUUUCGUGGAACCGCGCCCAUCAAUCUGACAGACCGGUUGCACCAAGUGCUUCGUUGGGCCACAGGUUCAGUGGAAAUAUUUUUCUCGAAAAACAACGCGUUUUUAGCAAGCUCGCGUCUAAAGUUCCUACAACGCAUAGCAUACUUAAACGUGGGUAUCUACCCGUUCACGUCUAUAUUCCUAGUCGCGUAUUUAUUCCUCCCGGCACUCUGCAUGUUCACAGGGCAGUUUAUUGUUCCAAAUAUCGACGCAACGUUCCUGACGUAUUUACUGGUUAUGACAAUCACACUUUGUCUGAUAUCAUUACUUGAAGUGAAGUGGUCGGGAAUAGCGCUCGAGGAAUGGUGGAGAAACGAGCAGUUUUGGGCGAUUGGUGGGUCGAGUGCGCAUCUUGCAGCAGUGAUCCAAGGGCUGUUAAAGGUGACAGCUGGAAUCGAGAUCUCGUUCACUUUGACAUCCAAGUCGGCAGCGGAGGAUGAAGAUGACAUUUACGCUGAUCUGUACGUGGUGAAAUGGUCGAGUCUUUUCGUGAUGCCGCUGACUAUUUGCAUCACGAAUAUCGUGGCGCUAAUUAUGGGAACUGCGAGGACUCUUUUUAGUGUGAUUCCGCAGUGGAAUAAGCUUGUCGGUGGAGCGUUUUUUAGCUUUUGGGUUUUGGCUCAUAUGUAUCCGUUCAUGAAAGGGCUCAUGGGUCGGAAAGGGAAAGUGACGACGAUUAUUUAUGUUUGGGCCGGGAUUCUGUCGAUUACUGUUUCUUUGCUUUGGAUUUCUAUCAGUCCACCGGAUGACACUACUGCUAAAAUCUAAAGUUAGUUUUUGACUUUUUGUACUAGUACAGAUGUCAUUUUUAACCUUAUUAGAUCGUGGGCAAUAUGAUAUGAACUUUCCUGAAAAGCACAAUUAGGAAUAUAGUUAUAAAUUCAUUUUUGUUUUUUUAGAGUUAAAUGUGAUUUUAGUCCCUGUGGUUUGUGUUAUUUUGCCA